AUGGAGAUUCUUGCAAUGCUCAUGAUACUGGAGGAGGAGGAGGAGCUGGAGGAGGAGGAGAACCCACAGCUCCAGUGUUGGUCUCAGCAGAGCCGCAAAAAGAGACAAAAGGAAGCAAUGAAGAGACAGGAGAAGGUAGAGCCCCAGCCAGACUGUGGUUGGAGGAGGAAGCCCAGAGGAUGGGCAACGGAGGAGAACCCAAGUCAUCCUGUGGAAUCAAGCCAGACAGUGACUGAAGGAAGCCAAGGAGAUGUAAAGGCAACGGAGGAGAACCCAAGUCAUCCUGUGGAAUCAAGCCAGACAGUGACUGAAGGAAGCCAAGGAGAUGUAAAGGCAACGGAGGAGAACCCAAGUCAUCCUGUGGAAUCAAGCCAGGCAGUGACUGAAGGAAGCCAAGGAGAUGUAAAGGCAACAGAGGAGAACCAAAGCCACCUUGAAGGCAGCCAACAGAAGCAUCUGCACCUUCAGCCGAGCUUCAGCUGCCCAGCUACCAUGCACAGCUUGGAAGAUAUUCCUGAGGAAGUUUUGGACACUCAAGGGGAGCAGAAGCCAAAAGAAGAACCAAAGGUCGACGAAUCCAAGGAUGUGGAGUCUCCUGUCCUAGCGCAGGAUCCGGCUGGAGGGCAACCGCUUCCGACCGAGAAGGAGGCCGAAAGGACUUUGGCCCAAAAGCCUGAUUUGGCUCCAGAGAGCACAAGUGCGGAUUCUGUGGCCUCAGCCUCAGCAAAGGAGUCCCUUCCAGCUGGACAGGUACCUUCCGAAAGCAAGGCGGAUGUGGCCUCCCCGCCAGAGGUCAGCGCUCCUCCCUUCGUGCCAGCCCCUACAACCGGACCCUACCUCACGCCGGACUUUGGCAAAGAAGACCCGACUAUGAUCUUGGAUGACACUCCUCCGCCACUGGCACCUUUCGCUCACCGCAUUGUCAAACUAAGAACAGGAGAAAUCAAAGACACCUACAGCAUCAACACCAAGGAGAUGCUCGGAGGAGGGAAGUUUGGAGAGGUCCGUGUGUGCACAGUGAAGGAGACAGGCCUGAAGCUCGCUGUGAAAACAAUCAAGGUGAUGGGUCCAAAAGACAAGGAGAUGGUCAACGUGGAAAUCGAUGUGAUGAAUCAGCUGAACCACCGGAAUCUGAUUCAGCUCUAUGAUGCCAUCGAGACGCCAAAGACGAUUAUGCUCUUCAUGGAGUUCGUGGAAGGCGGGGAGCUCUUUGAGAGGAUCAUUGAUGAGGAUUACCCACUGACCGAGGUGGACUGCAUGGUCUUCGUGCGGCAGAUCUGUGACGGCAUCCUCUUCAUGCACCAGAUGCAGGUCCUGCACCUGGACCUCAAGCCAGAGAAUAUUCUGUGUGUAACUUCCACGGGUCACAUGGUCAAGAUCAUCGAUUUUGGACUCGCCCGAAGGUUCAAUCCCAAAGAGAAGCUGAAGGUCAACGUUGGCACCCCAGAGUUCCUGUCGCCUGAAGUCGUCACCUAUGACCAAGUCUCCUACACCACCGACAUGUGGAGCAUGGGAGUGAUCACAUACAUGCUGCUGAGCGGACUCUCCCCCUUCUUGGGAGACAACGAUACUGAGACCCUCAACAACGUCCUGGCAGCCAACUGGUAUUUUGAUGAGGAAGCAUUUGAGGGCAUCUCCGAAGAAGCGAAAGACUUUGUCUCCCACUUGAUUAUCAAGGACAAAAGCGGGCGCAUGAAUGCAGCGCAGUGCCUUCAGCAUCCUUGGCUGAACAACUUGGGAGAAAAGGCCGGGCGCGUCAACCGGCGCCUCAAAUCCCAAGUCCUGCUCCGGAAAUAUGUGAUGCGGAGGCGCUGGAAGAAAAACUUCAUUGGCGUCUGUGCUGCUAACAGGUUCAAGAAGAUCACCAGCGCGGGGUCCCUGACUGCACUAGGGGUCUGAGCGCAAGGGUGCGUGUUGUGUGUAUGCGUGUAUAUGUGCCGGGGAUGGGGCUGGAAGUUCAGGGUGAAACUGAGAGCAACUCAUGGAACUGCAAGGAAAAAACUCCUCCUCCUCCUCCAGCGAGAAUCGUGGACUGCAUUUUUGGUGUUGUGAUGCCCUACAUCCGGGAGGUCGCGCAGCCAAGAGAGACAGGGCACGCGGUGCCGAUUCCUAGGUGGGCUCUGACUUGGAACUUGGGAGAGGAUCCAUCUGUGCAUCUUGAAAGCUUCCCCUUUGGCCAUUCAACAGACCUCACAUCCCUGCGCAGCUCCCAGUCGGAGACGGCUUCCUCCUUAUCUGCUGACAUGAGCCUUGCCCUCUUCUCGUUUCUGCUGCCCUCCAAGUGCUGUGCGCCUCCUGCGUCAGGACGUAUUGCUUCUGUGGAUGCUCUUACGCCACCCACAUAUACCUCACCGGGCACAUAUUGGAAUGUUUGCUGCUUCAAAGUGGGGCUUCUCAGGCUCUGAAGAUGCCAGAAUUGCCUCUCCCACCAGCUUGACUUUCUCAACACUCCCAUUGCUUGUACCUUGGCUGGCCCAUGAUCAAAGGUGGUCCUGCUGUCUCCAUCCUACCCACUAGACAGAAGGUAAAACCUUACAAGGAAGACGCCAGGUAGCAAAGGACAUGUUGUUGGCUCCACUGUUGGUAACACCCUAGCUUUUCCCCAGCUCUCCGCUCUGCCACAUCUUACGAUGUUCCUGUUGGACCAUGUUGUCCUUUCAGAGAGGUUCCCGGUGGGUGAUGCUCUAUUACCCCAUCACAACAACCACAUUGGUGG